AUGCCCCUCGAGAAACGAGUUUCCAUCGACCAACCUACCUAUCCUCUCCUCGUCGUCGCACACGAUGCCCACAAGCCUCUGCCGCCCGCACACAUCUUGGACAUACUUUACACUGGGUCGGUGGAGAUGUAUGAGGAUGGUGUAAAGGAGGAGGAGGAGGACGCGGGGAACACAAAGAAGACGAGCGCGAUGGGAAGAGGGGUGGGCCAGAUCACGGAGCGCUCUGGCAGCAACAGCGGCGCGUACGAGAAGGGGAAAGUACUCCGAUCGGCCAGGUACGAUCAUAGAGCGGAGGAGGACGCUUCCCUGGACGUUGACUUGGUCUUCGCCGUCUCCGCCGUGGCCUUUACGCAGUUCAUGGACCCCGAAUCGAUUCAAAACCUUGGACGCACCGUCCGCCGCGUCCCAGGUAGAGACCGCAUCCAUCAGGUGGUCAAGGUCAACGACACGAGGCUCUUCAGAGAAACUGCCAUCCCGGCACUGUGGCUCAAAAUCCUCCAUCCCCACACUUCAGGUACGAGUCCAAAGACCGUCGAGUCCUCGAUCCGUUUUCCAUGCUCCAAGAAGCAGGAUGACCGAGAGUAUCAUGGCUACACCAAUCUUCAAGAUCACUGCCUACCAGCCCACAACCCAACCGUCGAGAGAUUUACUGCGGAGACAAGUCAAGGUCACCACCGGCACUACAAUAUGAUUCCCAUCAUUCAUGACCAGCGGCUUUCCGUCGUCUCGACUUCUCAUCUUUCUUGUGUUAUCCAGGCCCGUCGACCGCCGAGCCAGGAGAAGAAGCAAGCCAACCCAGAUUCGGAUGAAGAUUGUACCGGGCAAAUUCUCCAUGACCGUCAUUCGAUACGAGCGCUGUCAACCGAGAAGUUGGCCGAGACUGGCCUCAGUUGGCUCAGCCAAGGCAACACACCUAUGCCAGGCACACCCGCUGACAACAAGAACAUGGUCCUUUCCGGCACAAGCGCCAUGUGA